AAAAUAUGGGAGACUUUCCGAGAGCCUUCCGAUAAGCUAUUGACGAAUAUGAAACUUACUGUUAAUGUACAAACAGGUGAGAAAGUACAGAUGAUAUCAUGGAAGAGUCCUUCUGAUCCAUCCAAUGGAAGCUUCUCAUGUGGCCUCCAUAUUUCAAACAUUCCCCGAAAUCUUCAUCUGGAAUGAAACUCGACCCUAUGGGCGAACAGGUCCCUGGAAUGGCCGAAUCUUUAUUGGAGUUGAGGACAUGAGUUCUGUUUAUCUUGGUGGAUAUAAAGUUGGACAAGACGACCAAAAAGGAACUUAUUAUUUCAGUUUCUCGUUUCCAAGCAAUCCUUUAUCAUACUUCGUCUUGAAUUCAGAAGGAAAAGUUGUAGCAGCAUAUAAGGUUGAGGGGAAGGAUGAUUGGAUUUUUUAUUUUGCUUUCCCAAGAACUGAGUGUGACGUUUAUAACAAGUGUGGGGCAAAUGGAAUUUGUAACUAUAAGGAAAAGCCAAUUUGCAGCUGUUUGAGAGGAUUUGAGCCGAAGAAUAAAGAGGAAUGGAACAGGGGAAUCUGGACUGCCGGAUGUGUCAGAAGGAAACUAUUGCAGUGUGAAAGGAUAAACAAAACUGGUGAAGUGGGAAAAGCAGAUGAGUUUUUGAAGAUGCCAAGGAUGAAGGUGCCUGGCUUCGCAGAAUGGUCAUCUGCCUUGGAAAACGGAUGCAGAGACACGUGCUUGAAUAAUUGCUCUUGCAUAGCUUUUGCAUAUGAUGAUGGCAUCCGUUGUAUGACAUGGACGGAAAACUUGACUGACAUUCAGAAAUUCACCAGAGAUGGGACCAAUCUUUACAUUCGUUUAGCGCAUUCGGAACUAGAUCAGAAAGACUUGACAGUAACUAUUUUAGUACCACUGGCUGUUGGAAUUGUUACAGUUGCAAUAUGUACAUUUUUCUCAUGGAGGUGGAUGGCGAAGCGAAAAGCAAUGAAGGGAAAGAAGAAGAUGCUACAAGUUGAAAAAGGGGAAAGGUGUCUAAAAGAGUCUUCUGAAAACAUAGACCAAGCUGAUUUCCAGGACCUGCCAAUGUUCAAUUUUGAGGAGCUAAUGAUUGCAACAAGUGAUUUCGAUUUAACCAACAAACUUGGACGGGGAGGUUUUGGUACGAUAUACAGGGGGAUGUUGAACGAUGGAGUGGAAAUAGCAGUGAAACGGCUUUCAAACGCAUCUGGGCAAGGACUUCAAGAGUUUAUGAAUGAGGUGGUGGUGAUUUCCAAACUCCAACAUAGAAAUCUUGUUAGGCUACUCGGAUGCUGCAUUGAAAGAGAAGAAAAGAUGCUGAUUUAUGAAUACAUGCCAAACAAAAGUUUGGAGUCUUUUCUCUUUGGUUAG